AACCCUACUUUCCCGCCCCAUUAAACUUCUCAAGACACUCCUCGUUUUGCCUUCGCCUCCGCUAAAAUCCCAGUUUUGCCUUCUCACCCUCUACAUCCUAACCCUAGCUUCCAACGCCGCCGCCGCCAACCAUGCCGCCAAAGUUCGACCCGACUCAAGUUGUCGACGUCUUCGUUCGAGUCACCGGCGGCGAAGUCGGGGCUGCCAGUUCCCUCGCUCCCAAAAUCGGUCCUUUGGGUCUCUCCCCCAAGAAAAUCGGUGAAGAUAUCGCUAAAGAAACCGCCAAGGACUGGAAGGGCUUACGUGUCACCGUCAAACUCACCGUCCAGAACCGUCAAGCCAAAGUCACUGUUGUCCCCUCCGCUGCCGCGUUGGUCAUCAAGGCAUUGAAAGAGCCUGAGAGGGAUCGUAAGAAGACGAAGAAUAUUAAGCAUAAUGGGAAUAUUAGCCUUGACGACGUGAUCGAGAUCGCCAAAGUAAUGAGGCCCAGAUCUAUGGCUAAGGACUUGAGAGGAACGGUGAAGGAGAUUUUGGGAACUUGUGUUUCUGUUGGGUGUACGGUUGAUGGGAAAGACCCUAAGGAUCUACAGGAGGAGAUUUCUGAGGGGGAAGUUGAUAUUCCCUUGGAGUAAACAAAAAAAAAAGUGAGGGUUUUUGGUUUAAUUAUUGUUUUCUUGUUUAAAGUUUAUGUUUUUAUUAGUUGGGUAAUUGUUAAAAAUGGUGAUGAUUAAGUAUCCUGAUGGGUUUAAUGAUGAUGAAAUUUGUGGAUGGUGGUGGGGUUUAUAAUCUGAAUGAGGAGAUGCAAGGUUUAAAAUUUUUCUUUAGGUGAUUUUGCUUCUUGUGGAACGAAUAUUGGGUUGGAAUCUUAAUUUUGAUAAUUGCAUUUUCUGAUGCACUUAA